AUGGUAUCUUCUCCAAAUGCUAAAGUUCUGAACAUUGUGAAAAGCUCCUCAGAUCAUUCUCUGCUUAUUCUUAAUUCAGGAGAUCCAAGUGCUAAGCCUCCUAAGAAAUUCUCUUUUGAUAAAAGAUGGAUAGGCAUGGCUGGAUUCUCUGAAACAGUUCAGAGGGCUUGGAAAUCAUCGGUGCAAGGAACUCCUUUCUUCAAACUUAAAGAGAAUGUCAAACUCACCAGGGUGGCUCUUCUCCAAUGGAGCUCUUCCUUUCACACCAAAAAUCAGCUUCUGAUCCAAUCUCUUACUCAGAAACUGGAAGAUCUCAGAGCAAAUAAGACCUCCUCUAAUUGGAAUGACUGGGAGAGAACUAGGAAAGACCUCAAUUCAGCUCAUCACUUUGAAGAACUCUUCUGGCAGCAAAAAUCCAAAUUCAAGUGGCUCAAAGAAGGAGAUGGGAACACAAUAUUUUUCCAUGCCUUUGUCCAGCACAGAAGGAAGCUAAAUGCAAUCACCAGAUUGGUCUCUGCAAGGGGGGAGGAAUUUUUCACUCAAAAUGACAUGGAAGACCACAUAUCUGAUUUUUACUCUCAUCUCUUUACAUCUGAAGGGACUCUAGGGGGUGAAGCUAUUAUCCAUCUGAUUCCUAAAACAAUAACUGAGGAUAUGAAUCAAGUUCUUACUCAACCGGUGGAUGCUGCUGAGAUUAAAUCUACUCU